GUCAGCGGCCGAUGGCGAGGGGGCGCGGCGCGGGCGGGGGCGCUGCAGCCGGAGUCCGCGACGCGGGAGGCCCGGCCCGCCUCCGCCGCAUUGUCCCGGGCCCCGCGCCCCGGCUCUGAGCCGCGCCGCCGCAGCGCCCGCCUGCCGCCCACCGCCCGCGGGGCCAUGCGGAGAGCUGCCGGGAUGGAGGACUUCUCCACAGAGGAAGAGGAGCCCUGGUACGACCAGCAGGACCUGGAGCAGGACUUGCACUUGGCCGCGGAGCUGGGGAAGACCCUGCUGGAGAGGAACAAGGAGCUGGAGGAGUCUCUGCAGCAGAUGUACUCCACCAAUGAGGAGCAAGUGCAGGAGAUCGAGUACCUAACCAAGCAGCUGGACACGCUGCGGCACAUGAAUGAACAGCACGCCAAAGUGUACGAGCAGCUGGACCUGACAGCCCGAGACCUGGAGCUGACCAACCAGAAGCUGGUGCUGGAGAGUAAGGCUGCCCAGCAGAAGAUUCAUGGGCUCACGGAGACCAUCGAGCGCCUGCAGACACAGGUGGAGCAGCUGCAGGCCCAGGUGGAGCAGCUUCGGGGCCUGGAGCAGCUGCGAGUGCGCCGGGAGAAGCGGGAACGAAGACGCACCAUCCACACCUUCCCCUGCCUCAAGGAGCUGUGCACCAGCCCCCGGUGUGAGGAUGCCUUCCGCCUGCACAGUUCCUCCUUGGAGCUGGGCCCACGGCCCCUGGAGCAGGAGAACGAGCGGCUGCAGACCUUGGUGGGUGUGCUGCGCUCCCAGGUGAGCCAGGAGCGGCAGCGCAAGGAGCGGGCGGAGCGCGAGUACGCCGCGGUGCUGCAGGAGUACUCGGAGCUGGAGCGGCAGCUGUGCGAGAUGGAGGGCUGCCGCCUCCGCGUGCAGGAGCUGGAGGCCGAGCUGCUGGAGCUGCAGCAGAUGAAGCAGGCCAAGACCUACCUGCUGGGCCGGGAGGACCACCUGGCCGAGGCCCUGCUCGCGCCCCUCACCCAGGCCCCCGAGACCGAUGACCCCCAGCCCGGCAUCGGGGACGACCCGGGCGCCCAGGACGGUGUCGCCUCUCCGGCCGCGUCCCCGGGCCACGCUGUGCGCAAGAGCUGCAGCGACACAGCGCUCAACGCCAUCGUGGCCAAAGACCCAGCCAGCCGGCACGCGGGCAACCUCACGCUGCACGCCAACAGCGUGCGCAAGCGCGGCAUGUCCAUCCUGCGGGAGGUGGACGAGCAGUACCACGCGCUGCUCGAGAAGUACGAGGAGCUGCUGAGCAAGUGCCGGCAGCACGGCGCGGGGGUGCGGCACGCCGGCGUGCAGACCUCGCGGCCCAUCUCCCGAGACAGCUCGUGGAGAGACCUUCGUGGGGGCGAGGAGGGCCAGGGGGAGGCCAAGGCAGGUGAGAAGAGCCUGAGCCAGCACGUGGAGGCUGUGGACAAGCGGCUGGAGCAGAGCCAGCCGGAGUACAAGGCACUUUUCAAGGAGAUCUUCUCCAGGAUCCAGAAGACCAAGGCCGACAUCAACGCCACCAAAGUCAAGACGCACAGCAGCAAGUGACCCUUUCCCCGCCCGCAGCCUCCCCCCGGGGUCUGGCCAUGGGGCUCCUCCUGCCCUGGCGGCGCAGCCUCGCGGGAGGGAGGGAGCCCCGUCAAGCAGCAGUACGGCCCAGGGGAGGCUGCUCUCCAGCCCAGGCAGCGUGUGGGGGAUGCAACUUGUUCUCUGCUCACUCGGGAGCCCGUCAACAUGGAAAACGGCUGGCCUCCCAGGACCGUCCACCACCCUGCGUCAGCCCAAAGACGCAGCUGAGAGUUGCAGAGCCAAACGUCCCCACUGCCCGAGGAUUCCCAGCUCCCCAGCCCUUGACUUCCUGACCCUGGGCCUUGCUCACAGAUUUGUGGCCACGCUUCUGAAAGCCAUUCUGGACCACUUGGCUUUUUUUUUUUUUUUUUCCUUUCUUUCCAAAGUUCGGUUUUUUUUUAGAGAUUUGCAAUGCAAGGUCUCCCCACGCCCUUGCCACAACUGGAAACACUUGAAGGGAGAUCCCCAGGCCAGCUGUUGCAGGUUCCAGGGGUCUCCUGGACCACCCACUGCUUCUCCUCAGCUGUGAUGCGCUGUCAUUCCUUUAGCACCAGCUGUCCCAUCUCCAGGGUCCUGACCAGGUCAGGGACGGCUCCUGCCAUGCAGAGCAGAACGCCUCAGCCAGGCCCAGAGUGCCCCCCCACUUUUCCCUGGAGACCCUCAGCCCACUGCAGAUCUGUAGCCAAUCAGAGGAGGGGAACAGGGAGCCCCUUGGCAGCCAUACACGAACGUGCACGCUGCCUCCCUCAGAGCCAGCCUCCUAGGGCUGCAGCCCUGGAAAUGCCUUCUGGCCAUUAAGCCUUCCAGGAGUCUGGGCGGUGGGGAGCCCCCAUCUCUGCACGCCACCUCUAACUCACCAAGCUUGGCCUCUGCCUGCCCCCAUCUCAGGGACCAUGAUGUGUCUCAUUCACUCCCAUGCUCCCCACAGGCCGACCCCUCCUCAGAUCAUGCCUGCUGCCCCCAGAAUGUCCCGGGCAUGUGCCACCAGCCAGUGGUCCCAGCAUCCACCCCUGCCCCCCUUCCCCGGGGACUGCCCAAGAUCCCCAUCUAUACUGAACAGUAUUAAAAUGGGACCUGGUGGGGAGCAUGUCUUCUCUCUCCCAUAGAAUGCCUGUUCUUAACCUCCCACCUUUCUGGGGGGCUUUUGAGCACCCAUUUGGGUCACAGGUUAAACCUUUUGUUAAGGCUUCAGAAAAUCCAGCUUCGGCUAAGAGAUGUCCAGGUCCCCAGCUUGCCCUGAGCAGUUCUUCAGGGUUUCCAGUUCCUUCUACCACCCAUCCGGAGAUCCUUCCACACAGCCCGGCGGAAGGUGGCAGCCCUGGCCUCUGUGCUGGGAACCCAGCAGGGACCUUCAUGCCUUAUCUGUUUCUAAGGGGUAAAGGGGUUUUCUUAACAAGCAUGCCCGACCUCCCUAGAGUCGCUACCCUGCUCUCUGGGCGGCACUGUGAUGAGCGCUGUCGACUGGUCCUUCCGUUCACACAUCUUGGAACCCUUUGUCCUUUGGAGCUGGGCAGUUCCCAGCCCUCCGUGUGUCUCUGUCAUCUAGGGUGGAGGGGAUAGGGUGGGGGAAGGGCUCCUGCCUGUUUGCUCCCCAGUUCUGUAGCGGCCGACCAGCGUCACCUUUGAAGUAUACAUGAGAGAAAUAUAUUUACAAAUGCUUUAUUCUCUUCUUUAAUAAAAAAUGCAGCAGUAUUCUAAAA